UUAUUGUGGUCAAAUGCUGCAGUGGAUGUGACAUCACUCUGCAUACCGGUGGUCAUACUGUACUGAAAACACAAACCAUAAAAGCUUCCACAGCCUUGUACUUGAACAUAUAACGUCUGUAGCUAGCUAACCGAUCUCUUGUGUUUAGCUUGCUGCUACUGACAAUAGCUGCACUGCUCUUAGCUCACAGGGAACAAGCUAGCUAGUGUAAGAGAGCUAGAAUACAAGUCUUAUACUUUCAAGCAAGUCAAUCUCACUAUGUGACAGGAUCUAAAGAGUUGCUCAAGACAGAUUAUUUGCAAGUAACCAUCCAACCAACUACCUCACUUAUUCUAGUACUACAGCACGGAAGUUUUUUACCCCAUCACAACUAUUCAACCACCAGGCUAUUAGAAUUGAAGUCGGCUCUAAGCUCAAGACUUGAAAAUCCUAAUCUCGUACGAUUUUGCACACAAACCGAAACGUAUGAGUCAAGUGAAUCAAUUUCUACAUCUCAUUUUUACUGACGUUCGAUAAGUUUAAAAUGGCGUGCCCUGUGCCUUGCUACAACUCCUAUGUGUCAGCCGUAACCAAGAAGCCGUCUAAAGACAACCCGCGAUGGCCGUCCGACACCCACGCCCACACACCCUCACAAGACCACGCCCACUCUAUCUCCGCAGCCGGUCCCCGUAGCGAUGGGGGGUGGUCCACAGGUCUUCCGGCAAAAGGCAGCGGAUGGAGAAAAUCCAAUCCCGAGAGCUCUAACGAAUGGGGGCAGUCCACUUGGGAAGAUGGAGCAGGUGGGUGGGCGGAGGGAGAGGGGCGUGGCAACAAGACGGAGACUGAUGGGUGGGGCCACAACGGACAAUCUGAGGGGGGGUGGGCUAGCGACGAUGGGAGCUCUCGCAGUCAAAGCCCUGGCGGCAUUGUCAUGGUUGUCAAACAAACCACACCCUCUAAAGAGAAUUCUGGCCCAUGGGAGUCAAGAACUACGGGAGCUAACUGGAAAAUGCACACCUUGGAUACAAAACCAGUUGACGAAAGCGAGAAAAUACGUGAAAAAGUGUCUUGGAACAAGCAAGAAAGUUGUGAAACUGAUUCCGCCACUCGUAAGGAGACUGUUACCGAGGGUCACAAUGAUACCAACGUGUCGUCUACUGCCUCAAAAAUGCCAUAUUCUCGGGAGGAUUCAAGUCCUACCAAGGCACAAACUAACAUGUCUGGUACAAGCACGCCCACACAGGAACUGGCCGGAGUCUGGAGGUCAGGCCGAACAAGUGCUAAUAGUGUGUCAUCACGGUCUGCUAGUCCACGGAAGAUGAAUAGAGGGUAUGAGCAGACCACCUCAACCAACUCCACCAACAGUCUGGGGCGUAGUAGUGCGGGUGCGGGACUAAUCCUACCCCGCCCACGCAAGACCCUCGCCGAGCUAGAAGGUGGUCUAGAGUCGCUGCACAGUGCUCCGAGUGGGUGGGGCCAACUGCCCUCCCCCACUAGGACAGACGACACGGACAAGGGCACGGAAUACUGGGGGAUUCCCCCUGAUGACAUGGUCAGAAUGACAGGCAGUGAGCAACCACCCAUCAUCAACGGUUGGAACGGUGGGUCUCACUCCCCCCAUCCCAAGAGUGGAGAGUAUCCAGCUGACUCAGCAAACUGGUCGUCCAAUGAGAAUGCAGGAAAAGCAGGAUGGGCAGAGGAGAAGCUACCCCACCCUGAGCCAUCCAACAGUAGUUGGAAAAUGACUCCGUCUGCCUCAGAGCCUCACCUCUCCCACAGCCACAGCGGAGGACUGGACAUGCCAACCACCACUCACACUGAACCCGGCGGCUACACCAUCAAAACCAAGUGGAACUCGUUUGACGACACUAAAGAACCUGCGGCCUUCCAACCAGUGUACCCCAACGCUCAGUCCCAGAUUAUACAGAACAAUAUUAUGGUCAAGGACCUCCUCUUGCGGUCCCAGGCCGUGGCCAAACUCCAAAUGGGGCAGCCUUCCGGAAAUAUACAAUCAAUACAGAAGUGCCUCUCCCAGCAGCUUAAUCAAGCUCAGAUGGUCCGACAGAAGUUGAUCUCCCAAGCCCCGCCCACUGGUAUCAGUACCCUACCCCCUCAACAUCCACUCAAAGUUCAACUGGGACGUACGAAUGACAUCAUCUCACAGCUCAAGCAACAAGUGCUGAGUCAGCACAACUCCUCCAUGUUUAAUCCGAGGAUGAAACAACAAAGCCACACUCACUUUUCCGAGGGAAACGGAGAUCUAACGUACGGACUAAGGGACAUGUCGAUAUCGCAACGUUCUCACGGUACUACUCAACAGCCAAGAAGCAUGUCAAAACUGCAGAGGUUCAUACCCAGUCAAGAAGAUGGCACAGAUAACAUGUACGGAGGCAAUCUACCACCGUCCUCCGGCUACAGUAGCACCUCCCCAUUUUCCCCACCCUUCAGAAGCUCGUCCACGAACAGUAUGAUGUCACCGUCUCUCGGCCCGAAGCCAGUUCACCAAAUUCAAGAGUUUAGGCCCGGUGUUCCGUGGCAACCACCAAGAAAGAACGACGGACUAUCGAAACACACUGAACAGUACUACGGCUCCCCCGGACCUCAAAGGACAAUGUCACAGUCUACAAGUUCGUAUGGACAACAGCCACAAAGCCGUUUCGGGGGUCAACAACAACACAAGUUCUCGAGAUCUCUGAGUACUGACACCAAUUACUACGGGAACCAGGGCCACCCUUCUGUUCGAGGUGACCACCCUUGGAGCAACACAGCCGUGGACCCACGGCCACAGACCUACAACGCUGGUCGAGGUUGGAACGGUCCUCAGAGGCCCGGACGCAUCAGUCUACCAUCCACGCCAGUGAGUUCUCUGGAGCACGGAGGCUGGAGACAACAGCCGCCUCCCUCUACACUCUUGCCUAACCAGUAUACGUCACGUCGAGGUAGCCGCACACCGAUGGACACACACUCUGAGUGGAUCCCCGAGACCCCCACCAGUGCUGAUCCCGUGUGGGGGGUGGAUGGAGGGGCAUGGCCUAAGAGCGGAGGUGGACGUGGUGGGUGGAGCCAGCCUGAGACCCCCUCUAGUGAUAGAGCGUGGCCAGAGGGUGUAUUCUCAGAAUGGCAGGCUGGUGGUAAGAAGAUGGGAGGAGCAGCUCUGUCCCCCUGGCUGGUCAUACGUACCAACAGUCCUCAGCUGAACAUACAGAGCCUCAAGGACACAUGCAAGGGAUUUGGAGACAUCAAAUCGUUCAUCGAGGGUCCAGAGUUUGUUUUAGUCGGCUAUGGCUCUGUGGAAGAAACCCUCCAAGCCAAGAGCCACAUUGAUGGACUGUGGGGAGGCAAGACAUCCACUGAAGUUGUAGCUGACGGCGAAAUGGAGAAACUCUGGCAGCAAAUCAACGAGCCCCCUAAGCCCCGCCCACCCUCCUCCCUCCUAUCAGAUGGAGCCCGUCCUGGUGUCUUCAAAUGGGAGGACACGAAACAAGCCCCACCCCACUCGUAUAGUCGUCAAGCGAGCACACCGGGAGGAUCGUCUGUUUGGAGUGAUGGUGGCUUCCUCUCUGGUAUCUCUUCACCAUGGAGCAGUGAGUUCUCAGGAACACUAGCCAGUCCCUCUACUGGUUAUCAGAGCGAUGACAUUCCAUCGGCAAUGACCACACCCGAUGACCGUUCCCAAGGCAACUCGGUCUUGUCCCCGUUUCUACCCAACGGUUUGUUGUAGCUCUGAGAUGAUUUAUAAUUUCAAGAGCUUCUUUGGGAGUGAAGGCUAAUUGACUUUAAUUGUCUUAUUUUUUGUACGUCUUCAAUCAGUUUAUUCAGGUUCAUUCUUAUCAAUCAGUCUACGAAGGAUCGCUUUCAAAUAUUACGUAGUGUCAUUUGUACCCCUUAUUCUGUUCUAUUUAUAGCAUCAGGUUACGUAGUUUCUUAUUUAUAGUAUCAUGACAAACGUGUGGCCACUAUUUUGUAUGUAUCCGAACUAUCCCCCUGUCACCAUAGGAACCAGGACCCCAAACUGUUGUGAUGAAGUUCACUAGGUACAUUUAGUGUGUUGUUAUAAUUAUAAUUAUAUACUUCAUGAAGCACAAAAAUACCCUCUUCAUUAUAUACAUCAUUUGUAUACAUGUGACCCACUUAUCAAGCAUUUGUGUGUGUGCUAGUUCAGAAAUCUUCCACUUUUUUGACAUCAUGUUAUGUUGUGUAUGUAUUGCUGGUAUGUUAUCGUUUGUAUUAAAUUCACCAUUUCUGACAUUUAUUUCAAUUGAA